CUCUAUUCCUUCUUCUCUGUCUGAAGGCUCUUCUUCCACAUCCUCUCUCUGCCAACCCAGCAACAGCAGCAGCCGAACAAAGGGGAGCUCCCACCACCACUUACUGCACUCGUCACUCCCUAUUAUGUUCCUGUAACGUACUUGUUCGCCACUCGCCUUCCCCAUCUCGACCUCCAAUUAACUCUGCAUCGGAGAGCAGUCUCUCUUCGUUGGCAGUUGUUCCGCAAUGCCGUCUGCCUCCGCUUUCUCCCUCUCCCUACUGCUGCUCUUGUUGGAUGCCCUACUCGUCUCCGCUGCCACUCCGCCGCAGACCCACGUGAACCGCUCCUUGGAGACACAGGCGGAGAUCGACGCCCUCACAGCCUUCCGCCUCGCCCUUCGGGAUCCCCUCGGCGCCCUCUCCGGGUGGGACCCUGCCUCCCCCUCCGCCCCCUGUGACUGGCGAGGCGUCGCCUGCGCAACCGACGCCCCCCGCGUUGUCGAGCUCCGCCUCCCCCGCCUCCGCCUCUCAGGUCCCAUCUCCGCCCGCAUUUCCGACCUCCGCCUCCUGAAGCGGCUCAGCCUCCGCUCCAACCUCCUCUCGGGCCCUCUUCCCUCGGCCCUCGCCACCCUCGGCUGUCUUCGCUCCCUCUUCCUCCAGUCUAAUGCCCUCUCCGGUCCCCUCCCGCCCGCUGUCCUCGCCAACCUAUCUGCUCUCCAGGUCCUCAACCUGGCCGGCAACCUCCUCACCGGCCCCGUUCCCACCGCACUCCCCCCAGGCAUCCGCUACCUCGACCUCUCCGCCAACGCCUUCUCCGGACCCGUCCCCGCCAAUCUCUCCGUCGUCGCCCCCCGUCUCCAGUUUCUCGACCUCUCCUUCAACCGACUCCGUGGUACCAUCCCAGGGGACCUCGGCCGCCUUCCUGCGCUCGCCUUUCUCUGGCUCGACGGCAACCUUCUCGAGGGCACCCUCCCCGCCAUCCUCGCCAACUGCACAUCCCUCGUCCACCUUAGCCUCCAGGGAAACGGCCUCCAAGGGAUCGUCCCGGCUGCCAUCGCCGAGAUGCCCAAGCUCCAGGUGCUCGCUCUCGCGCGCAACCGUCUUUCUGGCGACGUCCCCGCAUCUAUCUUCUACAACACCUCAGCCGCCGGGAGCUCCUCCCUCCGCAUCGUGCAGCUCGGGUACAACGAGUUCGCCGGGCUGGCUUUGCCACCACAGGGCCAGCACGCCUCCACCGCUCUCCAGGUCCUGGACCUCAAGGAGAACCGCCUCACUGGCGAUUUCCCGGCAUGGUUCACCAAUGCCACGGGGCUCACCGUCUUGGACCUCUCUGGGAAUACCAUCAGCGGCUCACUGCCGCCCGAGAUCGAUCGUCUCGCAUCCCUUCAAGAGCUUCGCCUUGGACGGAACUCCAUGGCCGGGCCGGUCCCGGGGGAGAUAGGUCGGUGCAGCGCCCUCCAGGUUCUUGAUCUCGAGGAGAAUCAAUUCUAUGGUCGGAUACCAGCCGCUUUUGGGAGCCUCAGCCUGCUGAGGGAUCUCUAUCUCGGCGGCAACCUCUUCUCCGGUGUUAUUCCCGCGAAUCUUGGCAACUUGUCCGAGCUGCAAACAAUUUCGCUCUACGGGAACAAAAUUUCCGGCGCGAUCCCGGAUGAACUGAUGAAGUUAAGCAACCUCACAACGUUGGACCUCGCCGGCAAUGAUAUCUCCGGUGAGAUUCCUUCCACCAUCGGAGACCUCGCUGGGCUGCAGACGCUAAACCUGAGCAAGAAUAGCCACACCGGCGUCAUUCCGGCGGGAAUCGGCAGGUUGCUGAAUCUGAAGUCACUGGACCUCAGCGGCCAGAGGAACCUUUCCGGCGACCUCCCUGCGGAGCUGUUCGGGUUGCCAAGCCUUCAGGUGAUCUCUCUUGCGGACAACGCAUUCUCCGGCCAGGUUCCUGAGGGUUUCAGCAGCCUAUGGAGCUUGCAUGUCCUCAACCUCUCCGCCAACUCCUUCUCCGGCCCAAUCCCAGCGACCUACGGCUACCUCCAGUACCUCAGAGUUCUCUCGUUAUCCUACAAUAACAUCACCGGCGAAAUCCCCGCGGACUUGGCCAACUGCUCCAACCUCACUGUUCUCCAGCUCCGCUACAACCACUUGUCCGGCCCCAUUCCAGAGGACCUCGCCCGGCUUUCUGCUCUCGUGGAGCUCGACCUCGGCCAGAACAAUCUCUCUGGAGAUAUCCCGCCGGAUAUCUCUAACUGCACCUCUUUGGUGACGCUCAAAUUGGACGGCAACCAUCUCUCCGGCGAUAUUCCAGAAUCGCUUUCCAAUCUUUCGAAGCUGCAGGCACUAAACCUCUCUGACAAUGACCUCUCCGGAUCCGUUCCCUCGGCGCUUGCCCGUAUCUCCGGACUGGUGUACCUCAAUGUGUCGGAUAAUAGCCUGAGAGGAGAGAUUCCAGGCUUGCUGAGCUCCCGCUUCCGUGAUCCAUCGUCAUUUGCUGGGAACCCGGACCUCUGCGGCCAGCCGUUGCAGACAGAGUGCCGGAGGCGCAAGAAGAGUUAUAUCAUCCUGGUGAUCGGCCUCGCGGUGGCCGCGGCCUGCAUUCUGGUUCUCUUUUGUUGCUGCUUUGCUUUCAGCCUGUUUCGCUGGCGCAGGCGGUUCCUGGAGAGCCGAGCCGGCGUGAAAAAACGGAGCUCCGGAAGAGCCAGCGGAUCGAGCGGAGGGAGCGGAGAGAACAACGGCGGUCCGAAGCUGGUAAUGUUCAACAAUAGAAUCACCUACGCCGAGACGGUGGAGGCGACACGGCAGUUCGACGAGGAGAACGUGCUCAGCCGCGGCCGCCACGGGCUGGUAUUCAAAGCGUGUUAUAACGAUGGCACCGUGCUGUCCAUCCUCCGCCUGCCGUCAACGUCCGCGGACGGGGCAAUCGUGAUCGAGGAGGGAGCGUUCCGCAAGGAGGCGGAGUCACUGGGGAAGGUGAAGCACCGGAACCUGACGGUUCUCCGCGGUUACUACGCCGGUCCCCCGCCAGAUGUUCGACUGCUGGUCUACGACUACAUGCCCAACGGCAAUCUUGCCACCCUCCUCCAGGAGGCGUCUCAACAGGACGGCCACGUCCUCAACUGGCCCAUGCGGCACCUCAUCGCCCUCGGCGUAGCCCGCGGCCUGGCGUUCCUCCACGGCUCCGGCGUCGUUCACGGGGACGUCAAGCCGCAGAACGUCCUCUUCGACGCGGACUUCGAGCCCCACCUCUCGGACUUCGGACUGGAGCCAAUUGUGGUGACGGCGGGAGCAGCGGCGGCCGCUGCCGCAGCGUCAACGUCGGCGGCGGCUCCAGCCGUGGGGUCGCUAGGGUACGUGGCGCCCGACGCGGCAGCGGCUGGGCAGGCGACGCGGGAGGGGGACGUGUACAGCUUCGGGAUCGUGCUACUGGAGCUGCUGACGGGGCGGCGGCCGGGGACGUUCGCGGGGGAGGACGAGGACAUCGUGAAGUGGGUGAAGCGGCAGCUGCAGCGGGGGCAGGUGGCGGAGCUGCUGGAGCCGGGCCUCCUGGAGCUGGACCCGGAGUCGUCGGAGUGGGAGGAGUUCCUGCUGGGGGUGAAGGUAGGGCUUCUCUGCACCGCACCCGACCCCCUCGACCGCCCGUCCAUGACCGACAUCGUCUUCAUGCUCGAGGGUUGCCGCGUCGGGCCCGACCUCCCUUCCUCCGCCGAUCCCACCUCCCAGCCCUCUCCCGCCUGAUUUCCUUUUUUCCUUCUAAAUUCCUUUUUGUUAGUUUCUUUGCAUUGCAUGUAUCAUUUUUUUUCCGUUUUCUUUUUUCUAAAUUCAAAAUGUUUCCUCAUUCGUUUGUUA